CGGGCCAUGGCUUCGCGGCUCCUGAGACUGGCCCCGGUGUCCGCGUGCGCGCGGAGCCUGGCGGCGGGCGGCCAGCGGGCCCGCGGGAUUCAUACAACUGCACCACACAAAGUACAGUAUGGUCCUUUGGCCUUCAUACUUGGUGAUAAAACAACCCCAAAACUGACCAAGUACAGCAAAGUGAUCACCGUGGACGGCAGCCUCUGCUCUGGGAAAGGCAAACUUGCCAAAGAGAUUGCGGAGAAGCUCGGUCUCAGGCACUUUCCGGAGGCUGGCGUGCACUAUGCUGACAGCAUAACCGGAGAUGGGCAGCCGAUGGACGUAGAGCUCAGUGGCAACUGUAGUUUGGAGAAAUUCUACGAUGACCCGAGCAGCAGCGACGGCAACAGUUACCGCCUGCAGUCCUGGCUGUACGCCAACCGCCUGCUGCAGUACGCGGAUGCCCUGGAACAUCUGCUGAGCACAGGCCAGGGAGUUGUGUUGGAACGCUCUAUCUACAGCGACUUCGUCUUCUUGGAGGCCAUGUACAAACAAGGGUACAUCCGGAAGCAGUGCGUGGAUCACUACAAUGAGGUGAAAAAGAUCACCAUCAACGAGUACCUGCCUCCUCACGUGGUCAUCUUCAUCGACGUGCCUGUGGCCGACAUCCAAAGCCGCCUGCAGAAGAGUGGUAAUCCACAUGAGAAGAAGAUCACUUCUGCGUACCUUCAGGACAUCGAGAACGCCUACAAAAGGACCUUCCUUCCUGAAAUGAGCGAGAAGUGUGAAGUUUUACAGUACAGCACCAGGGAAGCUCAGGAUGCAGAAAAGGUGGUAGAGGAUAUUGAGUAUCUGACGUAUGAGAAGGGGCCCUGGCUUCAUCAGGAUGACCGCACUUUUUACCAUCUGCGGAUGCUGGUUCAGAAUAAGCUGAAGGUGUUAAAUUACACGACUAUUCCUGUGUAUCUCCCCGAAAUCACCGUUGGAGCCCACCAGAGCGACCGGCUCUUCCGCAAGUUCCGAGAGCUGCCGGGCCGCAAGUACCAGCCCGGGUACAACGCUGACGUGGGUGACACUUGGAUCUGGCUGAAGUGA